CAGGCGCGUCACCGCGGGUGGGCGGAGCYAGCCGCGAGGAAUAACGCGCGCUUCCUCCGCUACUCUGCAGUUGGAUGUGCAGCCUUCACCAGGCAGGAGUAGAGAGAGAGACAGGGGGCUGGAUGAGCUCGGGUCUGUUCGAAACCCUCCCUCCCUCCCGUCCUCCCUGGGGUGAUGGAAACCGCGGAGAUCUGUUUUACACGCCUUCAUCGUCUCCCACCACGUCUUCAAGAUCAUCUCCAUCUCGUGCGCAGCGAGACGAACCCAGGCUCCGCCAACAGCUAUGGAUUGCCUGACUGAAGUUGGACCACCUGAUCCAGUCCGCUCCUGGGCACCCCGCUGAAAAUUAAAGGGAAGAGAAUUCGUUAUGAUCGGUUGUGUAAGUGGGACAUUUCCUGCUCWGAGAACCUGCAAGAAAGAAGAAGAGAUCAUCCUCAGGGUAUCUGAGGGAUCUGCUCUCUGCUGACUGACAGCAAGUUCAGUGGAGAUACUUAAGUUAGAGUAGAGGAAGUGUUCUAAGUGAGACUUUUCUUCUUCUUUUUUCUUGGUGGAAGAUUUUAGCCACUUGAUUGAGUUUAAACUUUGCUCUGAAAAAACRAGUGGGAUCAUGGCUUUACCAGAUGGUGGCAUCUCAGGGGAGGAGGUCUCGUUCCCAGAGAUCAUCGAGCUGAAUGUUGGAGGUCAGGUGUAUAUAACCCGCUACUCCACCCUCACAAGUGUGCCGGACUCUCUGCUGUGGGAGAUGUUCAGUCGGAAGUCCACCAAAGGGCUGGCCAGGGACACCAAGGGGCGUUUCUUUGUGGACCGCGAUGGCUUCCUGUUUCGUUACAUCCUGGACUACAUGCGUGACCAGCAGCUGGUUCUCCCAGACCACUUCCCCGAGCGAGGCCGUCUGCAGAGGGAGGCCGAGUUCUUCAACCUGCCAGAGCUCGUCAAGCUGCUGGCGCCCAAAAUCAGCAAGCAGAACUCGCUGGGCGACGAGGGCUGUCAGAGCGACCCGGAGGACUCCUCGCCCGGUAUCGACGUGGCGCGGAGCCUGGGCUCGCUGGGGGCCGCCGCCGCCGCCUGCGCCAGCCUAGUGCCCGGCGCCGCGGACGGCAAGCGCUCCGGGUUCAUCACCAUCGGCUACCGGGGCUCRUACACGCUGGGACGCGACAGCCACACCGAUGCCAAGUUCCGGCGGGUGGCGCGGAUCAUGGUGUGCGGCAAGACCUCCCUGGCCAAGGAGGUGUUCGGGGAGACGCUGAACGAGAGCCGCGACCCCGACCGGCCCCCCGAGCGCUACACUUCCCGCUACUAUCUGAAGUUCACCUUCCUGGAGCAGGCCUUCGACAAGCUGGCCGAUGCGGGCUUUCACAUGGUGGCCUGUAACUCCACGGGAACCUGCGCCUUUGCCCACGAGCAGACGGACGACAAGAUCUGGACSAGCUACACUGAAUAUGUGUUCUACCGUGAGUGAGACUAUGUCGGCUUUAUCCCCCUCCUUCACCCUGCCUCCAAAGAGACCUACCCUUCAUCCCCACCUCUUCCUCCUCUGGCCUCCAGCCAUCCUGUCCCUCUGUCUCUCUGAUGGCUUUGGUCCAGUAGAUGUACUGUAGAUGUCGUGCCCUUCCAUCUUUCUUUGCAGAGCUUUUUCAGCCUCWGAAGCCACUGCUUGUCCGAUCCGCAGCUCCCUCCCCAUUCAACCCCAAAAAUCCAACCUCCUUUGGUCCUCAAGUCCAGCUCUCUUAAGUGGCUGGUCCAUCUAGUUGUAGUCCCCAGCCACAGCAAACCAUCACCUUCCCCCCGCAGAGACUUCUAUGUAAUUUUCCCCUUUUGUAUCCCAUCUAUACAUAUAUUGCAUUUGCCUUGGUCAAGCACAACACUGUAUCCAAGAGCCAGUUUUCUUAAACAAACGCCCCAGUGUGUCUAUAUAGAACUCMGAAAGGGCAUAAGGGCUGAAAAGAGUUGCAGCCAUGCUAUACUUUGCCUGCUUACUCAAGCAGACCGGACCCUCUCCAGUUCCUCUGAACUAAAUUACCAAAUAAUUGGACAUCUUAUCAGCCUUGAGGGACGCGAGUGGCCCAGUGCAGCACAACGUGGAAGUGUAGUCUAAUUUCCUUCCAGUUUUUGUUCUUUAUUAAAUGUGUCCACUACCAUGUGGUUUGGGGGAAUGUGCCAUACAGAGUUAAUCUGUUCAGUUGUUUUAAAAGGAACAAGGCUUUUAUUGCAGCAAUGCGGACUGAAAAAAAGGAUUCGGUGGACUGUUUUUUUUAUUUGUUUGUUUAUAUCGUGAAAGAGGGAGAAAGGACAAUGCAGCUUGUGUGGAGUUACUUUUAUUUUCUGAAAGAUGCUGGUUUUACGGGGAAUGUUCAAGAAGGAUUUGAUGUUACGAAAGCUCAGAGAUGAUUUAGACGGAAUUUUAAAAAGCUGUACUGAUUGUGUAAUGCAGUAUUAUCGGUAUUUAAUCACUCAAACAGGGAGRACAAAGGAGAAAAAAUGUGUUUCUUAURUUUUUGUUUGGUUUCAUUGUGGUUCUUUAAAAUAUCUUUGUUCAAUUCAUUAAAAGCUUUUUUGAUCUCCCCUCUCCCCCCAGUUUAGACUAUAAGCUAUGAUUUCCUGUUCUUUGCAAAACAACAAAGUUAUAUUAGCAAUAGUCUACCACAUUUUGAGUAAAAAGUAUAAUGCUAUUCUUAAUACUCAGUCCAGUAUUAGUUCAAGCUGCUGCAUUUUUGAUGAUAUUUGAUGAUAGUACUCACUUACAAUAAGUGAAUACCCGUGAGGACAGGGUAGGAUUACUGUGUAGCCAAAGCCAUUUUUCCCCCCUCAGUGUUUUAGCAGGGGAACAAUGAGGGCAGACUCAACUUGGACAAGAACACCAGAUUCAGCCACAGGACAUCAUAUACCUCAGUCUGAAAUGCAACAAAAGUCAUUUAAAUGCAACAAAACCUGCCGAUGGCAUAAAAUUUGCAAAAUGCGGAGGAAAACAGUUCAUAUCGUUAGACUGUUGAUGUUCUUCAAAAAUCACCAGACGAUCACUUUUUUUUUGAAGAAACACAUUCGGUCUCGAAAGUGUCAGGUGGUUUAUAGUUUAUGUUUUUUUUCCCUGAAUUGUUUCAAAAUCACAAUUAUGUGUUUCAUUGUGACGAAUCGUUAACAUCUGAGUGUGUCAAAACUAUUUGCAGUGUGUUUUUCGUGAGCAUAGGCAACAUACAUAAUUGAAAAAGCUUGGCAAAAUAAAAGAAAAAAAACGUACCAUUUCUAUAUUUUUCUUGUAUUUUCCGUGUUUUCAUAACAGAAACACCCCAGACUCCCCAAUUUCUGAAGUACAAUCACACACCCAUUCCUCACACUUACAGUUCAUUUUAUUUCAUAUAUUUUAUUUUUCAAUGACACAUGCAGCUGAGAAUUUCCAGCAUUUCCAAUAUAAAAAAACACACACACAAAAAGGAAAUAAACUCCUAUGACAUGUUCAGCACGUCUCGCCUCGGGCACUGUUUCUCAUCCCUCCAUCUGCUUUUUCACCCCCCAGCAUUAUUAUUAUUAUUUUUCCCUCUCAGCUUGUUUCGAGCAAUUGACCAAGAAAACCGAGCCAAAACAGAAACGAGGACACGCAUAGAUAACAAGCUCCGUUAAAGCAGAUUGCAAAAUCCUUCUUCUGUUGCCAAUAACUGACCCAAUUAUGGUCUAAAUUGUGAAGAUGAUUGCAUUCAAAAUAAUGGACUGGUGGACCUCUGUUGUAGUCUAGCCUUCCUGCGGAGCAACAAUUUGCGCAGAAUUAGAGAUUUUUUUUUGUCCUUUUGCUGUUAUAAGCUAGGAUUUGAACUGCGAACAGACCAUCACAAAUUGAAACACAAUGUCCUUUCAUACACCCCACUUCUUUAAAAUAAUACCUUUGAUCCCAGUGUGGACCAGAGAUCCCUGCAAAGAAAAGUUGUCGAACAUCAAAGUGACUCGCCUCCUUCUACAUGGUGGAUCUUUCUUUUUCUUUUUUUCUUUUCUUUUUUUUCUUUUUGGUUGUUGUUGUUGAGCUUGUCCUCAGAGAAACAGGACAAUACAGCGCCUGCAGCGUCUCCACGGCCCAAACUAAACACAGUCACAGGCAGCAUUCCUCUGGCACCGUCCUCCGACGUGCUAUGGCAACACCAGGGUGCCGAAGUCCCUUGUUAGCGUACACAUGGAAAGACAUUCCUCGCACGCGCAAUAAAAGAAAAACGCCCCAACACCGACRUCCAUCAGAACUGCCUCGAGGCUCAACAUUCAACAGCAGACAUGAGAGAAGUGCUGAGUGCAGAGGUGCACACUGUGAUUAUUCACUGCUCUUUUUUCUUCUUUGUUUUUCUUUAUUUUGAUGUGAAACAUGUAGCUGAAAAGUGUAGCAAUCCUGCUUGUGUGCCAUAUAAGAAGCAGGUUAGCUGUUUCACAGUAGUGUUGCAAUAAAGCUCUUACGCCGUGACCUUCUUUUAAUUUGUUUUUCUCUGUUUUAAAAGAAAACUCUUGGACCCGUUUAUAAUUAAUUAUUUUAGGCUUCGUUUUUCAAGGUCAAAGAAUUAAAAAGAAAGAGAAAUG